GCAUGCGCACAGGGCGCUCGUGCCGAUAGCCCUAACGCGCGGUAUUUUCGGUCUGUGGAAGUAACCAUGGAGGAGGAGGACGCUCGGGAGGAGACGGUUCACUUCGACCAGGUGGCAAACGUGGCCACAUCCUGGGUGUUUGAUUACAUGUUUGCCUAUCUGUGUCAUUACUUCGCAGAUGACGAGCGGACGGAUGAUUUCCAGCGGAUGUGCCGAGCAAUGGAGGUGAUCCUGGAGGGUAUAUCUACACUGGAUUCAGAGAAAUCAAAAGCUGUCUUGAUCUCACAGUUCCUCAGCCGUGUUAUAGAAGGAAGACAUCUUGAUGUACAGUUUGAAACAGAUGAGAAGCUAACUCCACUGGAAACAGCUGCAAUGGUGUUGGAUCAGAUCACUGAAGAAGAUAAUGACCUGAGAAUUCUCCUAGAAGAAAUAAAAACAUUGGUUAAAGUUCAGGCUGUAGCAGUUUGCAUGGAAAAGGGAAGAUUUAAGUUGUCAUCAGAAGUUCUUGACCGACAGUUUGAAGAAUCUGAGACAAAUAAGUAUUUAAGAAUGAAAAUGUCUAUGGUUGUUAGUAAAAAAGAUCCAUAUCAUGAAUUCCUUGAGAAUUUUUCACAUAACAAAAUGUUGACCAAGAUCAAAUCUUACAUCAGUCUUAUGUUGACCAAAAGGCCCCCUGUUUUUUUGCUACAGGCAGCAACAAAAGUGGUUGAAGCCAAAGAUAAAGUCGAUGUCCAAAUGGAAGAAAAUAAAGUUCACGAAUCACCAAGAAAUAUCAAGGAAAAGGAAAAACAGCAAAUACAAACCACCAAUGAUAACCUUCAAAAAGAAAACAUGUCAACGAGCGAGUGUGAAGGCACAUUUGAUCAGGACAACAGCUCAGAUUUAAAUCAAAAUAAUUUGACAGAAGAAGCAGCUGAUACUACAGAUAAAACAGAAAGAAUCCAAAGGAGACUCUUUUCUUUGGUACAAAACACACCAUGGCAUCCGGACAAAACUUGCACAAGGGUCAUGAGCAAAUCCAUUAUAGGAAAGCAAAAUAGUGAUAGUUUAAGAAAUGCACAGUCUGAACAUCUUGAAACUUCUGUUAAUUCUGCAACAAUGAAGAAAAAACAGCCUUGGACCUGGGAAGAAGAUGAACUGUUGAAGAAAGGUGUGAAAAAAUAUGGAGUGGGGAACUGGAGAAAAAUACUAGUUCACUAUGAAUUCAACAACCGCACAGGCGUCAUGCUAAAGGAUCGCUGGAGAACCAUGAAGAGGCUGAACAUGGUCCAUGACGAGUAAUAUUCCUUGGUCCCUUAUUCUACAGUUUUAACAAUCAACAGGACACAAAUAAGGGAGAUUGUCCUCUUCCUCAUGCUUUUAUAAACAUGCUUUUAUAAAAUAUCUUAAUGAAAUGUAGCCUUAGCUUGGUAGCUUCUAAGAGUGAAAAUGUUGCACAUUGUUGAGUAAAUAAGAAAAUUUUCACUUUGUGGGAUUGUACAGCUAUAUUGUUUUUCCAGUAUUAGGGUAUUAGUAGUUCCCAGUAUUAGGAUAUGUUCACUUGCACAUAAUCCUCUGCAGGUUUUCUGCAAUGGAAAUUUUUCUUGCUGAUUUGCUGCAGACCCAUUGAAGUCAAUAGGUAGCAAUGUAAUCCGGUUGCGGAAAACCUGCAGUGGGUUAUGUUUGUGUGAACAUAUCCUUACAGGAAGUCAAACAGCAGCUCUGCGCUUUCAAAACUGCUGACACUAUCUAGAAGACAGUAAGCAUACUUUUGUGGGUUAUGGUCAUGCAACCUACGUAACAAAAAAAAAUUUUUUAAUGCCCCAGCCUCUGCUUUCACAAGUGCCCAGGAGGCGAAUGCUUCCUGUCAGAUGCCCCCUGCAUUGACGCCUUCCCAUGCCCAAUCCAGUCAGAACAUCACUAGAAAUUCACUCCUGCUCUAUAUAUUAGUGUCAGCAGUUUUCACAGCUCAAAACUGCUGACAGAUUUUUUUAAAUGUGUGGACAGGGUUUUUAGUGUUUGUAUGCCAUUAGGGAACAAGCAGUUUUUCUUCUGGUGAAGGGCUACUUCAUUCUCAUUUCUCAGUACAGCAUUGUAUAGCCUAUAAGACUCCACACCAGUUUGGUGCUCUUCUCAAGGGGAAACAUUACCUCCUGCCCCUAAAGAAAUAUAAACAAUAGUGUUAUUAGAAUGGCAAAAUGAACUGUAAAUAAACAGAACGUCUAAAGAUGAACAUGUUUGAUUUGGGACAUUAAAAAGAAAAAAAAAUGUAAGGUGGUGGGGAUUUAUGAUACUUUGCGCCUGGCAGAAAACCUUUUGGGUGGGCACAAAGGAGUGUGACAGCUCACACACUGGUUUUAGAAUUUCUACCUCCUAGCUGGUGUAAAUUGCUGUAUAGAGCUGGCAUAGAUUUUUUUUUUUUUUUUAAAGACUUAUGCUUCUUGAUAAAUUCAGUGCAAUCCUUCACUGGGAGGAAGGGGGGCUUUACCAGUGUGUGUGUGUGAAACAGCAGUCUUGGUGAAUUCCUCCCUUAAUGUUUUAUAACAAAUAUAUUGAAAAAGAACUUAAAGCCCUAAUAUACAGGGUGGUUAUUGGCCAAACUUGCUGACGAUUGUUUUAUGUAAAAGACGUGCUAAUCAUGUUACGAACAAGCACAGAAACGGAUCCUUUCGUUGUCCAGGAAGAUAAGCUGCCACCAUAGGUGUCUGACAGAGGCUUUUACCCCAUAACACAUGCACCUUUUUUUUUUUUAAUCAGAAUUUUUUGAUUAAACAUUUAGCAGUUUACAACCAAACAACAAAACCACAAACCCCAUCGCCCCACCCACACAGAACACCCAUCCCCCCACCCCUAAUUCCUGUGUCCUACCCUCGUAAAGGAAUAAGUGUAAAACUUCAAAAUAGAAAAAUAGUGCAAUAUCUGUCCAUAAGUUGCAUGUAUGCGAUACAGUCAGAACAGAAGAAUAGAGGAAGAAAAAAAAGGGAAGGAAAAAAGGGGUUAGAGAAGCCACAACAGUAGCAAAAGGAGGGUCGCCACCCUCGAGAGUCCGCACAAAGCGUGGAUAAGCACUUUUAGAGAAGGUAACGAGAGCGUAUAAAGAGGGCACUAUACAGAGACGCAGAAAGAAUCUCACAACAUUAGGACAUAGUAGCGCACGAGACAUAUACAGGACCACAGGACAUGCAGAACAAAAAUGACAGAAAUGACAACAGAGAAUAGAAAUAGGCAAAUAAUCUCGCUCCACACACAUGCACUUUAAGGCAAACCAAACAUAUGAAAGAGUCGGAAGAGAUACCUGUGGGCUGAAUGUCCAAGAGGAAAUUCUGAGCAGAAACCGCUUGCAGUAGCCUCCUAUUGUUUUCUGCUGCACUGAUGAACAUGUUUAUUUUUUCGGCAGAAUCUGACCACAAAAAGCCUAUUAGUUGAUGGACCUUUGAUUUCCUACGCUUUCUCUGGCAAAAUUCCAGGUGGUACGGAUUCGCUGUGGAAAUUCCUUGCUGAGUUUCCUCGGUGUGAAUGUACCAAACUGUACACUGGUCAAAUACAUCUAGAUGAUUGUU